GAAAUUAUUGAGUCACUUUUUAGCUACUGACUCUGUUCUUAUUACUGGUAACAAAGGGUAGGUAUCAAUUCGAGUGUUCGCGUUGGGUUGGGUCUAUUUUAAACUUGAAUCAUACAUGCUAAAUUAUUGUGUCCAUGCGAGUCGAAAUCUGAAUCAGCUGUUUUUGGAUUGGUUUCGAGCUAGGUCGGUCGUAUCAGAAUUUGAAGCCUCUAAAUUGUAAAUAUAAAAAAUUCUUUUGUUGCAAAUAAUAAGAAACAAAGGUAGUAUUAAAACAAGCAUAUCUCUUUCAACCCAUCAUCAUGUUUUUUGAAUAGCCACACAAACUUUUCUGCCUUCCACAGUUCCACCCUCCCAAAUCUUGAGCUCUCUUUGAUUUUGAGCAUGGACUAUGUUAAUGGCAACAGCUCAUCGAAAACGGCUGGCAAACCAAUCAUAUGCAAAGGUGCAGUAUGUAGAAAAGCAGGGGAAGCUUUAGUAAUAGAAGAUGUUGUAGUGGCACCACCUAAAGCUUGGGAAGUUCGGAUCAAAAUACUAUGUACUUCUCUUUGUCAUACUGAUGUUUCCUUCUGGAAGAUGGAUUCAGGACCAAUUGCUGUACAUCCAAGGAUCUUUGGGCAUGAAGCUGUCGGGAUAGUAGAGAGCGUAGGAGAGUAUGUUGAAGAAGUAAGAGAAGGGGAUACUGUGAUACCAGUGUUCUUCCGCGAAUGCGGCGAGUGCAGAGACUGUAAGUCCACUAAAAGCAAUGUUUGCACCAAGUUUGCCAAGUACUCUAGCGCCAUGCCAAGGGACGAGGUUGGUAGGUUUACGGACAUGAAAGGGGAGCCAAUUCAUCACUUUCUCUACGUUUCGAGCUUCGUCGAAUAUACUGUUGUGGAUAUCACAUCUGUGGUUAAGAUUAGCCCUCAAAUGCCUGUUGACAAAGCUUGUUUGCUUAGUUGUGGUGUUACUACAGGGAUUGGAGCUGUGUGGAAGGUGGCUAGGGUGGAGGAAGGAUCUACUGUGGCUAUUUUUGGACUUGGUACUGUAGGACUCGCGGUGGCUCAAGCAGCAAAACAACAAGGAGCUUCGAAGAUCAUUGGAAUAGACCUUAACCCUGAAAAAGAGGAUAUAGGGAAGAAAUUUGGAGUUACUGAGUUUAUAAAUCCAAAAUCUUGUGAAGACAAGAAAGUAAGCCAGGUUAUUAAGGAACUUACUGACGGAGGUGCAGAUUAUUGUUUUGAGUGUAUAGGCUCAGCUACUGUUAUGCAAGAUGCUUUUGAAAGCUCUAGAGAGGGUUGGGGAAGGACAAUAAUACUUGGCGUGGAUGUACGAGGUAUUCCCUUGAGUUUGGAUUGCGUAGAAAUUAUGAGAGGCAAAAGUGUUACGGGAUCUUUAUUUGGUGGGAUUAAACCCAAAGUCGAUAUACCUAUACUCAUCAAAAAAUAUAUGAGCGAGGAGCUUUUGCUUGAUGGAUUUAUUACUCAUGAAGUUAGCUUUCGUGAUAUCAACAAAGCAUUCGAAUAUCUCAUCAAUGGGCAGAGUCUUCGCUGCAUUAUAUGGAUGGACAAUUUUAUGGGUCGUCAGUAAAUGAAAUUAUUCUUGUCUAUGUAAAAUUCAAAUCCUACAAAAUCUAAUCUGUACUUUAAGUAAUAGCCAUACACAAUAAGGUAUGUUUGAUAUGGAGUACCAAUCAGGCAAUCAUAGAUGAUA